AUGGAGUACAAGGCUUUCUGGGCAAUCAAGCAGCUCAAUAUAGAUGCUAAGCUAGCCGGUGAGAAGUGGCUACUACAGUUGAAUGAGCUAGAUGAGUUCAGAUUGCAAGCCUAUGACAGUGCUCGUAUUUACAAAGAAAAGACUAAGCGUUGGCACGACAGUCAUAUCCUUCAGAGAGAGUUUGCAGUGGGCGACAAAGUCCUAUUGUUCAAUUCUAGGCUUAAGUUAUUCCCCGGAAAACUAAAGUCUAGGUGGUCUGGGCCGUUCAUUGUGACCAUGGUUAGUAAGUUUGGAUCUGUUGAAGUAGAGAACAACAUGGGUUAG